AUGGCAUCGGAGAUCUCGGCAGAUGCCUUGAAGGUGGAAGAGUCCCGCUUUCAAGGCGAAGGCUCUGAUUUGACGCUCUUACAUUGGCUUAGACAUGCAGAGCAAGCCAUAGAAUCAACUGAAUCAUCAGAUCUAUCGCCUACCAUCCCCUCAUUACACGCAUUCUUUUUGAAGAUCCUACUGCCAACCACGAAUCCCACAUUACCUAAACCAGGUAGACCGAUCAGACAUCUCAUAGCAAGAUGUCUGGUCAAACUUCACCAAAGAGUAGAAUCCCGUACGUUAUUCGACCUCGUACAAGCUCUAGUCAAGGCUGUAGGGGAUGGUGGAAAUAAGAACAUGAGUGCCAGUGAGAAUGUAGGAAGAGUCGCAAGUUGGUAUACUAUAGGGGAGAUCAUAAAGGCACAUGGUACCAACAUGAUGUCUUUCAUGGCUGAAAUCUGUUCCUCUUCGAUGAAAGUGCUGAAAAACACUAAUCUCUCUGUCAUACUUCGUGUUCACGCCGUACUCGCUUUCUCAAAAUCACUCAUAUCAGCAGGUAAAGCUCUCCCCGAUGCUUUACUGAAGGAUCUUUUGAAAUCCCUUCGAAACGGUUUGCAGGAUAAAGCUCUUCCAGUUCAACGAGCAUGUGCGGAAGCAUUCGUCUCACUGCACGUUAAUACUUCUCUUCUACAACUUCAACAAACUAUAGAUAUGGUCGUUCCUCUCGUACUCAAGAGCUUGGAGGGGGCGGAUUACCUGACUCGAAGAGCGUUGAGUAGGCUUCUUGCUCAUCUCUUAGCAGCUACUCAAGUUCCAGGAUCCGGAGUUGCACCACCCGAACCGAGCAAGAAAGCUUCUACAAAAGAGGGUGAGGACACAUCGAAUGAACCGACUGUGAUGACCUCAGCUGCUGAAGAUAGAGGUUCGAAAACCUUGUUCACCACCCAAGAAAUGCUCAAAUACCUUUCCUCACCGCAUAAUAAACCCAAUACUCCUCGAAAACUUCGAAACGCCAUUAUCGACGUCUAUGCUACUUUAUUCACUUCGCUAGGACCGGAUUAUGUGGAAGCUCAUUAUGCUGAGAUUGUCAAACAUAUCAUGGACGAAAUCGUCGUUUACCACAAGGGUCAAAGUACGAGAUAUGAAACUCUUUCAACAAGGGAAUCAGUCGGUUUAUUACUACGCGACUUGAUCGGUAUAAGAUUACUGUCUGAACCAGGUCAAGUUUCGGCAAUUCGUGAACUAACGAAUACAUACUUGAAGAAAUGGCAACCUGCACUAUUACCUGGUCAACCAAAGAUGAACAAUCAAGUACUCAUCAUAGCGCUUCGUGAAAUAGCUGGUUUACUUGAACAACUCGGAAACGCACCCGCUUCAAUAAUCGAAAUACUCGCUGAACCACUCGUACGCUUGUUAUCUCAUGAAUCCUAUUCAAUCCGACUAGCGGCUUCUUACACUCUGAGACGCUUCUGUACGAUCAACCCUAGUCAGUUGCCAAGAAUGACAAAUAUCCUGCUUGCCGACGUUACCAAAGAUCUGGGUAUGCUGGGAACACCAACAGCAUCAAAAGAAUUGCCUCAGCGGGUCAUUGGAAAAUCAUUCGCUCUGUCAGCUUUGAUCGCAGUCAGUCCCGCUCGUCCGUUGUACGUUUCUCAAGAUACAUCGUCAAAGGCAUUCGAUUUGGCAGUCUCUUUACUGAAAAAAGCGGGAGAUCACGACAUAUCAAUUGCAACAGUGGAAGUUCAAGUAGCCUGGUAUCUCAUUGCAGCCCUUAUGAGUCUCGGGCCUUCAUUCGUCAAACUUCAUUUACCUCAACUGCUAGUAUUGUGGAGAAACGCACUGCCGAAACCUACGAGCAAGGAUACUUCUGUCGGAGAAAGAGGAGAAGCAGAAUGGAACUUUUUACUUCUCGUAAGAGAAUGUACGUUAGCUGCGGUUCUCAAUUUUUUGAGGCACAAUCAAAGUCUGGUGAACAUCGACGUUGCUAGACGAUUAGCAACGUUAUUUAUCAACUCGCUCAAUUUCGUCAAUGGUUUCGCAACUGCUUACGCAGAAGCGCUAAAAGAACAGGCUUCGAAUCCGGCCGGUUCACAAUCACCCCUUUUCACGACUCGUCCAUCCUUGGUGGAGAGAGAAGCGAAUCUUCGUAGAAGAGUAUUACAAUGCUUUACGACGCUUGGACCUUCGUCAGCAACAGAUUCCAUGCAAUCUGCGUUAUUGCAAGCGGCUAUCACAGUGUUCGCUGAUCCUGAGAAUUACUCAGGUUCUGCAGCUCAAGCCGCCAUUGCAGCCCAAGCAGGUCAAUUCACCACGAUAUGGCAAUCUACAGAUGGAUAUGCGUUCGGUGUCACUAGUCUAUUAGGUGCGAGAGAAGGUGAAGGUGGAAUAGAAGCGGAAGAAGCCUUUUUGAACAGAGAUAGAAUAGAAAUGGCUGUCGAAUCUCAGCUAUCACACCCUAUUCUCGGAUCAUUGGAGCAUGAUUUCCUAGAAUUGCUAGUCUCAAAGCCCCUCCCCCUUCAACCCAAACCCGCUCCUCCACAGACCGGCGUCAUAGAUUCGGGGGUAGAAUUAUUCGCUAAUAUGUUUUCCCACCAAAAUGCUGAAGGUCAAGUGCAAUCGCUCGCUACCCUUUCUAGUCAUAUGCGAUCAAGCAAACUGGAGAAGAAUCCUGGUAGAAAACAAGCCGUGGUGGCUAAUACCAUGGCUGCUUUGAGAAGGAGUUUGGCCAACGUUGAAGGUGGCGGACAAAAAGCUAGAAGAUCGUUAGGUAGCAAUCAAGUUAGCGACUUGAUCAAGUCGCUUCUACAAGACGCUAUAUUCGACUCCAGUCCAAGUAUUCGUUCUGCCGCCGCCGAAUCGAUGGGUAUGCUUUCAGCAUUAGCAGGAUCAACUUAUCUCUCGUCUCAAGUACAGUGGUUAGUGGAUCAAGUAGUAAACAACCGAAUACCCGAUGCUCGAGCUGGUUGUGCAUUAGCUUUUGGAUCGAUCUAUAGCAAUGUAGGCGGUUUAGCAGGUGGACCGAUUCUCAAGACAAUCGUGAACAUCUUGAUGUCACUAGCUACGGAUCCUCAUCCCAUAGUCCACUUCUGGGCGAUGGCUGCUCUGACCCAAGUUGUCAAUGCUGCCAAUUUGUCAUAUGAACCGUUUGUUCCCACAACUCUCGGAAUGUUGGCAAAUAUUUACAUGCUGGAAACCCACGAACCUGAUGGAGGAUCACUUGGAUCCGUAAAUCUCCGAGGAGAUCUACCUGCUUAUCAAGUGAUUUGUCGAAUACUGCAUGCGUUGAUUGGUGUACUGGGACCAGAAUUACAAGAACCCGGUAAAGUACGAUCUUUAGUCUUCUUAUUGGUUCACGAAUUUGGAGAGGAAACGGAUGAAGGACUAGCCGUCGAAGCAAUUAAAUGUUACCAACAAUUUUUGAUGUUUGCCCCAUCAGAAGUUGAUAUACCGAAAUUAGUCGAAACUUUCAGAUCCCACCUGGCAUCAACACGAAGACCAUUGAAAGUAUCAGCUAUAACGGCAUUAUAUCAAAUCGUUCAAAGAGAUGCUAUUUUGAUAUCUAAAUUAGGUGGAAAUCAACUAGUCGAAGAUCUAUUUAGUUUAUUAGAUGAUGAUCCUUCCAUUGAAGAAAGCGUAAGACAAGUUAUACUAUCUUGGUUAAAACAAACUUCAGCUUCAUUACCUUCGGGAUGGAUCGAUUUAUGUCAAAGAAUAAUGACUAGAACUGUAGCUCAAAAACAACUAUCCAAUCAAAGGAAAUCAAAAGCUAUUUCAAAUGCGAGCGGCAAUGGAAAUGGCAGCGGACCUAAAUUUAUUGACGAUGAAGGUGAAUCGUUUUCAGGUGGUGCAGGAUCGAAUUCAAUAAACUCGAAUUCAAACGCAUUAUCGUCAAGAUGGAGAACUCAACUUUUCGCUUUGGAAUGCUUACAUGAGAUCAUAAAUUCAGUUAUUGAACAUGGGAAAUUAGAGAAUUUCAAUCCUAUCCUAGCCAAACAGUUAGGAUUAAACAAUCGACAUCUGUUAUUCAGUAGAGUAUCAGAUUUGAUCAGGAUGGCUUUCAGUGCAAGUACGGCUUUGGUCAUGGAAGUUAGAUUAAAAGGUCUCGUCGUUUUGAGAGAUGUCAUUGAACAAUUCGCCAACUCGCCUGAUCCAGAUUUCGAAUCCUCUUUACUACUCGAACAGCAUCAAGCUCCAAUAGCAGCUGCUCUAACGCCUUCUUUCGGAUCGGAUUCGGCUCCAGAAGUCUUAGCGUCCGCGGUACAAGUCUGUGCAGUAUUCGUUGGGAGCGGUGUCGUGAAAGAAGUUGGAAGAAUGGGUAGAAUACUGAAACUCUUGACAGGAGCCUUGGAGCAAUGUAAACCUGGCGAGACCAUCUCUCUUGGAGACGUCGAUCAACUGUCCACCAAUGCUGCGAUAAUGCUCAAAAUAUCCAUCCUUACCGCUUGGGCAGAGCUCAAAGCCUCGAGUACAAAACAAGCCUACCUCACCGAUGUCAUGAAACCUUACCGCUAUCUGCUAGGACCAUUCUGGAUUGGUGCACUGAGAGAUUACGCUCAAUUGAGGACUGAUCCUGAGAUGGGUGGUGGUGGUUUAAGUGGAAUGGGCGUCGGGCUAGAUGGCAAUGCAGUUGGAAGAGACGUACUACUUCCCUACUACGAAGCAGCAGUGCCCAAACUUCUGCAAGCAGUUGCUAUUGCACUUUCCCUUUCGGAUCCAUUUGUACUCGGGACAAUGGACGGUAAGACAUUCGAUUCGCCCAUGGAACCGCGAGACACUACACUCCCAAUUCGUCCUGACCCCACCGCCAACUUCUAUAUCCUUUAUGGACUUUCGUUCGAAUCAUUACUCAAAUCACUUGGUGACCUCAAUUCGGCACCAUUCGCACAAGCAUGUCUGAAAGCCAUGCAAAGUCUCAUCAAACCUACUUUAAGUGGAACAACAGUAUUUCAAGGUCAAUUCUUUGAUGAGUUAUGUACAGUAGCUUACCGAAUAGCUUUAUCCGAAACGGCAAAUGUGAAAUCGGAGAUGAUUACAACGGUAACAGAUUAUAUAUUAUCCAGAAACGGAAAAGGUAUAUUAGAUCCUGCACAGACAAGAAGAGUUUUAGCUAUAAUAUCAUUCAUCCUAAGAGGUAUAAUUCCAACUAAAUCUACUAAAUCUACAUUCACACAUCAUGAUUCGAUAUCAGAUAGAAUCGCUUUAAUCAAAUUAUCUUUUGGUAAUUAUAAUAGAAUAAUUGGAUGUAUUGAGCCAACACAAAGAUCAGAUCUAUACGCUGUCGGACUACAUCUUUUCAUGGAUUUAUUGAAUGAUGAAUCCCAUUUAGAUAUAGCUGGAUCUUCUUUAGGUUCUUUGAAGAUUUUAGUGGAAGGUUUAAUGAAUAGUCAAAUACCAGGUAUUAGCACCGCCGAAAGAGUUAUUCAUGGUUUAUUAGGUGGUUGUUUAGCAAAUAUUGAUGAUAUGAGAGCACGAGUGAACCCUGUUGCCAAUGUCAAAAUCAAGAAUAACUUACUAGCAAUAACACUCGUCCUGACUAGUCUUCCUGCAGGAGUCAAAGUCAGCAAGACCCUGGUUGAAGCUGUUGGACAUACGAUGGGACAAUACCUUGGAGCAGGAACUGAAAGACCUGAGCUUGGCUUAACAGCUAUACAUUGCUCUUCGACAUUAUUGAUAGCAUCACUACGACUGCUUCCUUCGCCUCUAGGACCCAACUCACCCCCCGAACCAUCGCUGGUAUUACAACAUGUGGCUCUGAACCUCUUAGGCCCCAUGAUAAGUUACAUUUCUGAAGUCGUAGUUUCGCAAGCUUCUUCAUCGGAUAAUGAGAACCAAGCUUCUCCUGAAGGUAUAAGAGAAAUAGUCAAAUCACUCGUAGGAUGGGUGACUGGUUUACCUGAAGAAAACAAAUCAAGAGGAUAUGGAGUGUUGUUGCCUACGAUAUGUUUAAUGCUGGAUCCACCCGGUACAACCACGACUCAAAGAGGACAAGGUCAAUUACAUAAAAUCGCAACUGGAGUUUUAUUAGGUUUGGCUCAAAACAGUCCGGUAGCAUUCAAAGAAGCUACUCAAUCGAUGGGUGAAGGUGAAAGAUCUGAAUUAGAACAAUCCAUUAGAGAUGCUAUAGGUUCGAAUAGAAAUGUCAUUGGUAAUAAUGGAUCAGGUCGGGAUAGUGGCAAUUCCGAGAAAAAAGGUAUCGAGUUGAAAUCGUUUGGAUGA